AAUUAAUUUAUUUUUCUCUUUUUUACGUCACUUGUUGAAUUUUUGCGAUUUUUAUUUAUUUCUACAUUUUCAAUUGCAAUCUCUUUGGAUCAGAUUGCGAAAUUCUCUGCUACUAAUAAGCCGCUACGAUUACCUAUCCGAUUGCCGAAACAACGUUCUAUUUGAAAAUUAAUGUCAGCCAAUUCUACAUUGAGUCAUGUCGGGAUUGAUUCUGAUAAUGAAUCUGUUUACGAUCUGAUGUCUUCGUUGGAGCAUCGGAAGAAAGUCGAUGAUGAAUUUCAAUUAGUAUUUCAAAAAGCGCAGGAAGCUAUUAAUAAAGGAAUUCAACCAAGUUUGAUCCCCGAAGGCAGUUCUGGAUCUUAUUUUGUCUAUGGAUUGGAAGGAGAAAUUGUUGGAGUUUUCAAACCAAAAGACGAAGAGCCAUUCGCUUCUCUCAACCCAAAAUGGCCAAAGUUUUUUCAAAGAAUGCUCUGCUUUUGCUGCUUCGGACGUGCAUGCCUUAUCCCUAACACCGGAUACCUUUCUGAAGCCGCCGCUAGUAUUGUGAGCGAGAUGCUUCAGCUGGAUGUUGUUCCAACAACUCGAAUUGUGAAGCUCGCGUCUCCAUCAUUUUUCUAUUCUCGUUUCUUUGGUCAUUAUGAUGUUCGUCCGAAAGAGGGAAGUUUCCAACUUUAUGUCAAUGGCUAUGAGAGUGGAAAUACUGUUUUUGCUCGUUGGAAUUAUGACAAAAACUUGUUGAGUGAUGAGGAAGGAGCUAAGUUCCAACUUCUCUUCCAGAAAAUGUGCAUCGUCGACUACGUCAUCAGAAACACCGAUCGCCACAUGGAUAAUCUCCUAGUCAGACACGUUCCAGGAGAGGAGAUCAAUUUGGCUGCUAUCGACAAUGGAUUGGCAUUUCCAGUUAGACAUCCGGAAUGCACUUCAAGAUUCCGCUCAUUCCCGUUUCGUUGGUCCAAUCUUCCAUGGGCUCAAGGCGAGUUCGAUCCGGUUCUCCGUCGUCACGUGCUUUCACUGCUCACUCCGCAGUUUGUUCAUAGACUGUGCGUUGAUUUGAAGAAACUUUUCCGUCACGGAAUCGCUAGCUCCAACUACAUGCUUGUGAACAGCCAACUUCGUGUCGUUCGUGGACAAAUUUGGAAUCUCCGUCAGGCUAUUCUCGCAAACGAAUCGCCUGGUGAGAUGGCUUGUCGUGAUCCGAUUAUUGUCAGCCGAAGUUCAGACAUCGUAAUGAGCAACCCACCACCGCCUCGUGGGAUGAUUGGUUUAUUGUCAAGUCACCUAGCUACUCCAAACAACAACUCUUCUGAUGUUACCAUGAAAACCGCCAUUGAACACGAAAAAGAAAAUAGCACGGUUCCAGAAAAUCUUAUAACAUUGUAGUGAAGAUGUGUUCAAUAAAAACAUUAUUUUUAUU